AUGGCAGAAGGUAGUCAGCCUACUAAGAGUAGCGAAGAAAAUGUAGCAAGGGCUGUGCAACCACAUAAGCAGCUAGAAUCCAAGGAAGGGGUAGAAGCACAUACAGUAGUAGUUGAUGAUGAUGCAACAGAUCCAGAGCCACAAAGAAGUCAAAGAAUACGCAAGUUUACUGAGAAAGGUAAAGAGCUACACGAAGAAAAGGUAAUGAGAAUUAUGAAUCAUUUUUGUGGCUCUUAUGGAAAGUGGAAGGCUCUGGCUAAAGAUGCUAGACAAAGACUAAUAGGCUGUCUCUCCAAUGAUAUGCUGCAAAGUCUCAUACGUACAAUCAACUUUGCUUUAGAAUAUGUAAAUGUUGCUUAUGAAGAGUUGUGUCAAAAUGCUAGUCCUGACAGCGAAACUCGACGCAGAAUAGACACUUGUGGAGCAGUCACAAAGAUGAUAGUUGAGUCAGCACGGAGUCGUCUAGGUGAAGAAACUGAAGUUCAAGAUCCUCUUGGACUCUGUAAGGACACAGGCUCUGUGCUCUCCUCCAUAGUCUCUCACAACUCAAAUUCAAGCCAUAGACGUUCUAGAUCAUCUUCUCAGUCUAUACACAACUUAAGUGUGAGCUCCAGAGGUUCAAGCCUGUCCUCGAGUAAGAAACAAGAAGCUGCUGCAGAAAUCGCUGCUACUGAAGCAACUUUAAAAAUAUUACAACAACAGGAGCAAGAACUGGAAGAACUUCAACGACUUGAAGCUGAAAAUAAAAUGAGAAAAGCAGAACAAGAGGCUGAAGCUGUUAAGAGACAACUACAAAGAGAAGAGGAGGAGGCUAAGCUACGUGUUAAGAUUGAAGCUGAAAAUGCUACCAGACGGAAAGCAUUAGAGGGCAAGAAAAGAGAGCUUGAGUGCUUGGAAACACUCAAAGGGUUGAAUGCAGCCAAGGCACGAAUGCAGGUCUAUGUGCAGAAUGAUGACUUAAAGAAUGACACAAAAAAGCUGCUUCAUGAGUGCAAACCUGUGGAAAAGAAACACGGACCUAAGUUAAGCAGUUAUUAUCAGUGCUUGCCUCUACAGGAAAGAGCGCAAACUUCACAUCAAGAAGGCAGCACAGCACGGUUAGAGUGCUAG